AUUCUGGGCUUUAAAGGGCGGAACAUACUCGGUGAAUACAGGUGCUCCAGGUUUGGUAUUGCGAGGGUCGGUUCGUGUUAAGCGAGCCAAGGGGCAAUAUUUACAUAAUGGCAUCUGUUUAUAAAAGACCAGGCAUGGGGGCUUCCCAGCGAAGGAGAAGUGGAUUGAAACAGGAAUUGUCUGAAGAGCAAAAGCAGGAAAUCAGGGAAGCUUUCGAUUUGUUUGAUACUGAUGGAUCUGGCAGCAUUGAUGUUAAGGAAUUGAAGGUUGCAAUGCGUGCUCUUGGGUUUGAACCAAAGAAGGAAGAAAUUAGAACAAUGAUAGCAGAUAUUGGAAAAGAAGGAAGUAGCACCAUAGACUUUGAAGACUUUUUGACUAUGAUGACCAAAAAAAUGAGUGAAAAAGAUAGCAAAGAAGAAAUCAUGAAGGCCUUCCGCUUGUUUGAUGAUGAUGGUACAGGCAAGAUUUCUUUUAAAAAUCUGAAGAGAGUCUCUAAAGAACUUGGAGAAAAUCUAACUGAUGAAGAACUGCAGGUAGCUAACUGGGAUAUCAGACACAUCUCUGCUGGCAGACCAUUCCACAGUUUAGGGGCACCCACAGAGAAAGUCGAAAGCAAACUUCAGAAGAUUAUCUCCAGAAGACCUUGGCAGGAAAUGAUAGAUGAAGCUGAUCGUGAUGGAGAUGGAGAAAUAAAUGAGCAAGAAUUUUUAAGAAUUAUGAAAAAGACCAGUCUGUAUUAAUGGCGAUACCUUUAAAUGUAACCAGCAAAGACUUAAAUAUUUCACCAUUUCUUGCUGUUUUAUGACACUGGAAGAGGACAACAGGUUCAAGUGACAUGGGAGGGAUUAUUUUUUAAAUGAAAGGCUCAAAAUUGGUUUCUGGACAGCUUUUUGGUAUACAUAAAGUCUGUUUUUCUUUUGUAUCUGUGGUGUUUGUCAGUGGUACAAAGGCCUAUAUGCCAAAGCAAUCAUUUCCUUGUGACUACUGUUUGUGUGGCACAGUCACAAGGAAUAAUCCAGGUGACUGAAUUUGUGAUGUUUUAGGACGAGGCAUCCUAAAAAACUGAAGGCAAGGACUUUGUCACAUUGAACUGCACAAAAAUCCCUACAUCUCACUAAAAAUGUCAGUAUAUGAAUGCUUUAUUUAGUUCCUUUUCUGAGGAUAGAACCUGAUGCCUAUUGUAAUUGAAGGGAACUUCAGAAGUUAGACUGCUAGAGAUACAUACUAGUUUCACUUGAUUUUUUUUUAUAUAAUAAUGAACCCUAAAUACAUCCUAUAUGAUGAUUUUAACGUUGCACAAUUUUCAAUAAAGCAGCAUCGUGUUGUA